AUGUCUAUUGAUAAUACAAUCUUUGCUGAUAAUUCUGAUUUGCAAUACUUAAUUACUUUUGAUCAUGAUUAUUAUAAUAAGCUGAUAAUCGAUCAUAAACUUAUAGUCACUGAUGAAAUAGCAAAUAAAGAGCUAGAACAUGAAAAUAAAUUAGAAGCAAAUACAAAUAGGGGUGUUAACAAAAGUAUUGGUGCUUGUGGUACUAUUUGUAUAAAUUUAGCUGAAUUUUCUAAAGAAUUAAAAAUCAAUAAAGAAAUACUUUUGGAUUAG